GUCGAUAGAGACACAAUUGUUGUUAGUGUUGAUUAUCGUAUGGAGGAAAAUAUCGGAAAACGGCAUUCAAUUGGAAAAUGAUUGUAAUCCAAGUCUUUCUUCUGGUCAUCGCUACCUCGAGGGCAUACACGCUUCAAGAAUCAGUCUCAACUGAUACGAUCCCGGGUGGUAACAAUUGCUCGACCACCGACAGCUUCUUCAUUUUUCGUUCCUUAAACGAAACACAGGAGAGCGAGAUAGACACGAUGGCGACGAACGUGCUCCUUGAGGAUACGAGAAACAACUCGAACAUAUCGCAUCCGGGGACGUUGACCUCCUCUAGAGACUGGGACGAGAAACCGAAACUAAAGUUCCCGAAAUUUGCCACGGAGGAGCGUUACAAGAUGGCAAAUUUGCAUCUCGAUAAGGGAUGGUUCGCCUUCGAUUACCUCAGAGGCUUCCUGUCCUUUGUACAACCUUAUGACGUACCAAUCGAUUUACUAGCGGACGUUGUGGAAAACCGCAUAAGCACCAUCAAAUUGAUUUCAGGGUCUGUGCACGUGGAAGCAGCUUUUCUGGGCUUAGCAGGCGUGUGCUGCGUACUGGCCUGCAUAAUUCCUGGCACAGAACUUUGGCUCGCCUGUCGACCAAUCAGACAGGAUUAUAAACCCUCUCAGCAUCCCGGUGUUCUCGCAUUUCUCCUCGCCGUUCUCGCCUUUAUACUCGGGUCUUGCAUGGUGACAAUGAUAAUAUGCAACGAGGCGUUGGCGGCUGGGAUCGGGAAGUUACCUAUAACGGUAGAGACGGCGUUGCAGGAUUUAAAGGACUACCACACAGAUACUACGUCACAAAUACGAAAAUGCCUUACGAGAAGUUUGGACGUGGCUAGCGAAGCAAUUCUUGCGGAUCUGGACAAUGUCGAGGAAUUGUUGGGCAAACCUGUUCAGACGGAACUCUCCACCGAGACUGGACUGGAUGUGGCAUUGGAUGCACUCGUUGAUUUGGCAAACGCGACGCAAGAGUUAUCUGCCAGAACUGAAUCUUUGCUCAGAGAGGGUGAGAAAGCUCACGAACUCGGAUUGGAAUUGAGUAGGGAAACGGACGAGAUACGACGAGACUUGGAAGGUGCGGUGAGAGCAUGCUCGGGUCCAGAUCGUUCUCUUUGUGCUGUCAUUGACUCUUCGGGGAUUCGCUUGGAUCUACGGAUAGAACGGCUAUUGAAAGACGAUCGUUUGCAACGUCUAUGGAACAUCAGUCAGGGAAAUUUGACGGAAGCAGGACGGCGAGCUCGCGGAGAAUACCUCCACGUACCGCACCACAUCGCCCGGACCACAUUGGAUGCUCGUAACCAAAAAUUCUAUAUUGCCGUAGAGAUUCGGCGCGAGAUCAAUGCAGCACGUGCCAGGAUUGUCGAUCAAACGCGCCAUGUAGAGACGAAUAGUUUCGAACUCUCAAAGCAGCUGGAUUCUGUGAGAAGCAUCGCGGAUUACGCUAUUCCUCGUGUCAUCGCUUUCGAGCAUAUCAGGUGGAUUGUCGGUAUAGCUAGUAUUCUAUGUAUACUACUGGUCUUUUUGCUAUUGAUUGGGGGUUUGUGCUGUCGUUGGAGAUCAUCCGAAAAUAAAGUACGGCCAACCCUUUUAUGUGCUGUGGUUACGAGUUGUUUUGUCUCGAUUACACUCUGGAUAGUAUUCAUCGUGGCUCUAGGCAUCGCCAGCCAUACGGAAAUGUUGAUAUGUCGACCACUCUAUGAUCCUGACUAUCGUAUUAUAGAAGCCAUGCUGGAAACCCGAGCGUUUUUAGGAAGAAGGCUUGCAGUACCCCUCAAGGAGCUCUUUGAAAAAUGUCGAAACAACGAGGCAGCUUAUCCCGCUUUCGGCCUAGAAAACACGAUGAAACUGGAACGUUUGACUGCGCAUUGGACAUGGCUAGGCUUGUCUAGAGCAAUCUCAAAUAUCAAAAUCGAUUUAAAAGGUCUCCGAAUAUUAACACCGAAUCUGCAGCAAAGCCUUCAGGAUUUCUUAUAUGCUUAUGGUUUGAACCUCACAGCUCACAGAAUAAUGAUUCAAGGGCCAAUUCUGAAUAAAGACUUGACUACAAUGUCAGAUCAAUUAGACAAUAUAUCCCGUCAGCUGCAGGAUCGAAGUAUUGCUAGGGAACUGCAAAGCAUUGGAAUAACAAUGCGCGAUUUGACAUUGAGACGGGUAAAGCCGCUAAUGAAAUUCCAAGACGAUUUAGUGUAUCGCCUUGCAAUUCUGGAGUUGAAAGUGCAACCUCUUUGGCGUCAAGUUAAUCAAUCGAUUUCCCAUCUGAGAACUAUACAAUAUUACAUAGAUCAUCAGGGAGAAAAGAUAGCUCAAUUGAAGACAAAGUCGUACGUAGAUCGAAUGGCGAGUUAUCUAGAUCAAUGGCGGAUGUAUGUUCUUUCGGAAAUAGGCACGGGAGUAUCUAAAUGUCGACCUUUGUGGGACAUUUUAGAAGGAAUCAAAUACUUAUUGUGUGGUCACAUCUUAAGUCCUUUCAACGGUUUCUGGUUCGCUAUAUUUGUAUGUGCAGUCGUCAUGAUUGGCAGCACACCAACAGCUCAUAUUUUAUCACUAUUAUACAAGAAACAAUUUCACUUCACGGAAGAUAUUAUCUUGCCAACAAGAUCGUUAGUAUAUCUCAUUAUAAAUUAUUUCAGAUCCAAUUUCAAAGGAUUUAAAUUAAAAAUAAAAAUAUACUUUUUUGUUAGGGUAAGUCUUGAACUCUCUACGAAUGACGAUAGAACAUGGCAAAUGCCGGAUCCACCGCCGCUGCCGCAAAGCGAUUGGUAAUAAUGACGAAAAACGAGACUUCAUAUUGCAAGCAGAAAAAUAUUAAUAUGGCAUCAAAGUUGGCAAGAAUAUAGUAAAGAAUAUGGCAAGAAAAUUGAAAAUGCUUAAAG